UCAAGAGAACUGAAGAAGAAAUUCAAGCCUCGAGUUUCAGUAGUGAAGGAUUCUAUGGGGAAAAUAUUAAACGGUGCAGGAAGCCAAAAAAGAAAAUGGAAAGAAUACACAGAGUCAUUAUACCGAAAAGGGGGCACAUGAUCAGGAACUGAUGGUACUGAAGGAAGAAGUCCAAGCUGCACUGAAGGCAUAGGUGAAAAACAAGGCUCCAGGAAUUGACGGAACACCAACUGAGAUGUUUCAACAAAUAGAUGCAGCACUGGAAGUGCUCACUCAUCUGUGCCAAGAAAUUUGGAAGACAGUUACCUGGCCAACCAACUGGAAGAGAUCCAUAUUUAUGCUUGUUCCCAAGAAGGGUGAUCCCACCAAAUGCGGAAAUUAACGAACAAUAUCAUUAAUACCACACACAAGCAAAAUUUUGCUGAAGGUCAUUCAAAAACGUCUGCAGCAGUAUAUCGACGGGAACUGCCAGAAAUUCAGGCUGGUUUCAGAAGAGAAUGUGGAACCAGGAAUAUCAUUGCUGAUGUCAGAUGGAUCCUGGCUAAAAGCAGAGGAUACCAAAAGGAUGUUUACUUAUGUUUUAUGGACUAUGCAAAGGCAUUCGACUGUGUGGAUCAUAACAAAUUAUGGAUAACAUUGUGAAGAAUGGGAAUUCCAGAACACCUAAUUGUGCUCAUGAGGAACCUGCACAUAAAUCAAGAGGCAGUUGUUCGGACAGAACAAGGGGAUACUGUGUGGUUUAACGUCAGGAAAGGUGUGCAUCAGGGUUGUUUCCUUUUGCCAUACCUAUUCAAUCUGUAUGCUGAGCAAAUAUUCUGAGAAGCUGGACUGUAUGAAGAAGAACGGGGCAUCAGGAUUGGAGGAAGACUCAUUAACAGCCUGCGUUAUGCAGAUAACUUAACCUUGCUUGCUAAAGUGAAGAGGACUUGAAGCACUUACUGAUGAAGAUCAAAGACCACAGUCUUCAGUAUGGAUUAUACCUCAACAUAAAACAAAAACCCUCACAACUGGACCAAUAAGCAACAUUAUGGUAAACAGAGAAAAGAUUGAAGUUAUCAAGGAUUUCAUUUAACUUGGAUUCACAAUCAGCACCCAUCAAAGCUGAAGUCAGGAAAUCAAAAGACCCAUUGCAUUGGGCAAAUCUGCUGGAAAGGACCUCUUUAAAGUGUUGAAAAGCAAAGAUGUCACCAUGAAGACUUAAGAUGUGCCUGACCCGAGCCAUGGUAUUUUCAGUCACAUUGUAUGCGUACAAAAGCUAGACAAUGAAUAAGGAAGACCGAAGAAUUGAGACCUAUGAAUUGUGGUGUUGGUGAAGAAUAUUGACUAUACCAUAGACUGCCAUAAGAACGAACAAAUCUAUCUUGGAAGAAGUACAAUCAGAAUGCUCCUUAGGAGCACGGGUGGCAAGAUUACAUCUUACAUACUUUGGGCAUGUUAUCAGGUGGCACUCGGCUGUUUGCAGGCACUUCUUUCCCUGGUGGCCCAGCGAGAAUUUUACAUUUUCACUUUUCCUUAUUAUGGCUUUGGUUCACAAGUUGCUGAAUGGUGUUUAUAUUCUCAGAAAAUGCCAGAUGCCAAGUGCUGCCUCAUGCCUGUUCUUGGGUCCUCACUCUGCAGACUACUGUUCCAGCAGUCUUCAGAAACCUGCGGCUGCUCCUGGCAAAGCAGGCUCCCCUCAGAGGAAGACGGAAAGGGAUUUGCAAGGACAUCACCAGAAAGAAGUUGAUUUGGACAUAACUUCUCCUGAGGAGAUGCCUGAAGUUAGUUUUGAUAAAGCAAUUCGAGAUGAAAUAAAGGACCAUUUUAGGCGUUUGAAGGAUGAGUUUGUGAGUCACUGGAUAGGGCCUCAAGGCCGCCCUCUGCAUGAGGUCUUGCUGGAACAAGCUAAGGUCGUCUGGCAGUUUCGUGGAAAAGAAGAUUUGGAUAAGUGGAUAGUGACUUCUGAUAAGACAAUUGGAGGCAGAAGUGAAGUAUUCCUGAAAAUGGGCAAGAAUAACCAAAGUGCGCUGUUGUAUGGAAAUCUGAGCUCUGAGGCCCCUCAGGACGGAGAGAGUAGCCGCAGUGGGUACUGUGGAAUGGUAUCCAGGAUCCCAAGGGGUGCAUUUGAGAGGAAGAAGUCAUAUGAUUGGUCUCAGUUCAACACUCUGUAUCUCCGUGUCCGUGGGGAUGGUCGGCCUUGGAUGGUGAACAUCAGGGAGGACACUGAUAUAGUCCAGAGGAAGAAUCAGAUGUACAGUUACUUCAUGUUCACCCGCGGGGGGCCCUAUUGGCAAGAGGUCAAGACUCCUUUCUCCAAGUUUUUCUUCUCUAAUCAAGGAAGAAUCCGAGAUACCCAGUUCCAGCUCCUGCUUGACAAGAUCUCUUCUAUAGGAUUCACCCUGGCUGAUAAAGUUGAUGGUCCAUUCUUUCUGGAAAUAGACUUUAUUGGAGUGUUUACCGAUCCAGCCCACACAGAAGAAUAUGCCUAUGAAAAUUCUCCAGAUCUUAAUCCGUGACUUUUUAAAUAAAAAAGAUCACAUGGUAGUUUUGUGUUACUAAACUGAGGGUAGUAGCACCCACAGUGGCAGACGAAAUAAAGUGUUCUUUAAUAGCAUCCAACCAACGGCUGGUGUGUAUUCUCUAAGACGAGGCUACACGCAGUCGCUAAGAGGGCCCAGACAGGGGAACACUGAAUGAAACCAGGCUCUGAUCUGUGCCUUAGCUCAGAGAAUUUAAGUACUGAUACAGGGGGACAGUGUCAGUAACUGCUUUUGAUCAGAACGUAUUUGGAAAUUACUCAGAGGUUUCUUUAUUGAUCUCAUCUCUGCAUCUUGACAGGGAAAUCUGAAUGUAUCAAUAAGUAUGGUAAAUGUAAUAAAAUCUGACAGGUGCUAUGGGAAUACAAAGGAGGGACACUUUCAUGUCAUUCUUGGGUGGGAGUGGUGGUCACAAAAAGUAAAUGUAAACUCGUUCCUCUCAGCUGCUCAGCUAAACUUGGAAGGCUGGUAUGUUCACAAAGAAAGAAUAUACCGUAAUGAGAAAAAAUUUUUAUUUAUGAAAAUCUUAAGCAGUACAAAACUCAGAAGCUCCACUGAGGUGCAACCAACAUGGAUAUGAUGCUAAGCAACUCUAGUCUUUUCCAUAAACUGAGUAAGAUGCUUAAAGCAGCAAUCUGAAAAUUUCCAUAUGGCCCUG